AUGCUGGUGCGGGUGCGCACGGCGGUGGCGCACCUGGUGGCGGGGCUGGGCCCAGGCCCCGGCGGCGGCGGCGGCGCGCAGCCCCCCGCGGCGGCGGGCGAGCCCCGGCCCGGCCCCGGCCCGGCCUUCUGCCGCCCGGCCUUCCUGCAGCUGACGCCCGAGGAGCUGCGGCGCGCCGACGACCACACGGGCCGCGCCGUGCAGAGCCCCCGCGACGGCCGCCGCCGCCUGCCCUGGAGCACGGGCUACGCCGAGGUGAUAAACGCCGGGAAGAGCCAGCACAACGAGGACCAGGCCUGCUGCGAGGUGGUGUUCGUGGAGAGACGGCCCAGCCCGCGGAGAUGUCCGCCGUCUGAGGAGGGCCCCAGAGAGCCCGAGGGGGGCAGAAAGGGCUUUUACUUCCACUACUGGGCCUUGUUUGAUGGCCAUGCGGGCAGUGGUGCUGCAGUCAUGGCAUCCAAGAGGCUCCACCUGCACAUCUGCGAGCAGCUCCGGGACCUCGUGGACAUCUUGCAGGAUCCGUCCCCGCCUCCCAUCUGCCUCCAGCACGAGGCGCGGGCCGGCCUGGCCGAGCCGAGCCGGGCGCCCCUCGCGGAGGACGACGGAGAGGUCCCCAACGACGCUCUGCCGCGGUUCCACCUGGAGAAGGAGGUGUCUCAUGAGAGCCUGGUGAUUGGUGCCAUCGAGAACGCCUUUAAGCACAUGGACGACCAGAUCGAGCGCGAGCGGGCGACCCAGCCCGUGUCCGGGGGCUGCUGCGCCCUGGCUGCCGUCUACCUCAUGGGCAAGUUCUACGUGGCCAACGCCGGCGACAGCAGGGCCAUUAUCAUCCGUAACGGGGAAAUCAUUCCAAUGUCCAGGGAGUUUACUCCGGAGACGGAGAGGCAGAGGCUGCAGUUUUUGGGCUUCCUGAGGCCCGAGCUGCUGGGCAAGGAGUUCACGCACCUGGAGUUUCCCCGCCGGAUCCAGCCCAAGGAGCUGGGGAAGAAGAUGCUCUACCGAGACCAAAACAUGAACGGCUGGGCUUACAAAAAGAUAGAAGAGGACGACCUGAAAUUCCCGCUUAUCUACGGGGAAGGUAAAAAGGCUCGGGUGAUGGCCACGAUUGGGGUCACGCGGGGCUUGGGAGACCACGACCUCAAGGUGUUCAGCUCCAACAUCCACAUCAAGCCUUUCCUGUCCUGCUUCCCCGAGGUCCGGGUUUACGACCUCACGCAGUACGAGCACUGCCCCGACGACGUUCUCGUCCUGGGCACCGACGGGCUCUGGGACGUCACCAACGACGAGGAGGUGGCUGGCGUGGUGAUGGAGGUGCUGACGAGCUACGAGCCCAACGACCCGUGCAGGUACACCGUGGUGGCCCAGGAGCUGGUGGUGCGGUCCAGAGGGGUCCUGAAGGAGCGCGGCUGGCGGCUGGCCAACGACAAGCUGGGCUCCGGUGACGACAUCUCCGUCUUCGUGAUCCCCCUGGGCGGCCCCGGCAGCUACACGUGACGCCCCGUGCCGCGGGCGGGGGCCGGAGCCGCCGCGGGGCCGCCCCUCCGGGCAGCGCCGGCUUCCCGAGCCGGCGGCGAGAAGAGCGAUCACCUCGGAGGCUCUGUGCCGGGGACCGGGGGCUGCUUCUCCUCCUGCCGUUUGCCUUGGUCGAGCCUAAACGCUCCCGGGCUCCGCGGUGCAGCCUUCGCGCCUCGCCCCCGGGUCGCGCCGGUGUGCUCGGAGCGGGUUCCUGCUGCGGCGGACGUCGCCUCCUGUGCCCGCCGCCCCGGGGAUUUUGCACCGCCACACUGGAGCAGGCUCUUCGCUGCACCUCCGUCUCAGGUCUCGGGGGCUGUGGCCCGCUGGAGGCGAUGGCGGGAGCCCGCUGCGCCUGCGCAGCGCUGGCUGCAGCCCGCCGAAUCUGCCCGCCCCUUGGGUCCUUGCUGCGGCUCGAGAGCCACUAUUUAUUACUGGGGAGCUGGGCGGGAGACUGCCCAAACGCAGAGCUCUGGUUGGGGGGGGUAGGUGUGAAUAUAUGUGUAUAUUUUUGAGCCGUUCUCAUCUGGGCACUGCUGAGCACCAGCUGCACGCAGAGCAGCUCUGUUCAGCCAAGCUUCACAGCUUAAGCAUGCGGCACAGGUCUGCUUAGCUGCGGGCUGGAGACCAACAGUAAAAUCCGCUUGCUGUGAUGGAAAAGAAAAA